GAUCGAGGUGCUGGUUCAAAAGCGCGGCGCUUGUCCGUGCAUCUGCCGGAGACCUUGGAAGUCGAUGAAUGUCAAUUGGAGCAACACUUCAAUGUCAUGUCACGUCUAAGUCAAAAGGACAUUGGUGAAGGUGGAGCUGCGAUUGUCCGACUAAUGAAGAGCAAAACAGCCGGCACGGAAAAGACGAAGGAGAGAUUGUUCGCCGUCAAGGAGUUCCGCGCACGAGAUACCACCGAGGAGGAAGAAUACGACUACGUCCGCAAAAUCAAAUCCGAAUACGCCAUCUCGAAAUCAUGUCAACACCCAAACAUUGUCAGCACAUUCCGACUUUGCAUCUCACACGAGCGGUGGUUUCACGUCAUGGAGUACUGCGAGCUGGGCGACCUCAACGACCUCAUCAAGAAGAACUACUUCUCAGUCGAAGACCGCAACUGUAUGUUCAAGCAACUCAUCCGAGGCGUCGACUACCUCCACAGCCGCGGCAUCGCACAUCGCGACAUCAAAUCCGAGAACCUCCUCGUCAACAAAGACGGCUGCCUCAAAAUCGCCGACUUCGGCACCGGCGAAGUCUUCUCCGGCCAACAUCCCGGCUGCCGCAACUGCAGACGACAAUCCAUCAUCGACCCAGAGGAACCCAUCCGCCUCUGCGCUCCCGGCUGGGUCGGCAGCCGACCCUACAUCGCACCGGAAGUCUACCAACGCAAAGGCGAUUACGACCCUCGCGCCGUGGACGUCUGGUCCACCGCCAUCGUAUACCUCACCCUCUGUUUCGGCGGCAACCCCUGGGACGCCGCCAGCCUCGAGUGCAAGAAUUUUAACAUAUACUGCGACACGUGGGACCAGUGGCUGGAGAAGUACCCCGACGGUGAAAUCAAAAAGGGGAGAGAGUUACCUGCUUUCGCGGGUACGAAGCAGUUUCAAUCAUUGGACGAUGCGUCGACGAAAGUUCUCAUGUUUGGCAUGUUGCAUCCGGAUCCGACGAAGCGGUGGACGAUUGCGCAGGCGCUGGAGAGUAAGACGGUGACGGAGUAUGCGUGUUGUCAGCAGGAAGGGUAUAGUGAUGAUAUCCGGAAGAGGCAGAAGAAGGCGUUGCAUAAUCAUGUUCCGCCGAAGGAUCCGAAGGGUCCGAAGUUUUUGAAGCCGAGCUUUACGCAUUGA